UUCUGCACUCCCUGUAUAAUGAAUUUGGUUUAUCUGAAGUGGUUGGACAAAAGUAUUCGCCAUUGAGGAAUUGCAGCCAUUUUUGGUACAUUUUUAGAGACUCAAAUCUUAUUGGAUAACUCAUUCUAGGUCUGGGGUAUUUCUCUAUGAACUGAGCAUGGCAAAAGAUUUGAAGUGGAGCAUUUGGAAGCUGUGAACAUAUUAACAGACAGAUGAGCUCAAACGAAUCCAUCACAGAAAGAGAUAGCAGGAACAUUUGGAUUGGCAAUUUGGUAAAUUCGUAGAAAACCGUGUACAAUGUUUAGCCAAGUGACAACCACUCUCCAAAUGAAAAACAAUACCAUUGUUCACAAGAAGAAUUGCAGAUAUUUUAUCACAAGGUGCCAAAGAGUCAUCAUCUCAGAGAAGAGGAAGGACAGAUUAGAGUUAAAUAAAACACAUCGUAAAAUAAAAGGUAAAGCAAUUCUGAACUGUCAGCGCAGGGCAUGCAUGGCAUGAAAUGGCACUGGGUCAGUAGUGUUUACUGAUGAUGUGUCAGAAGCAGCGAGAAAUCUGAAGAGCUAUAAUUUUUGCUCACAUUCAGCAAAGUGCAGCAAAACUGGCUUGACUGCACGCCAUAGUAGCAAAUGCAGUAAAAAAGGAGAAAAUCCAUUGUUUGAUGAUGCCUUUAGCUUCCAGACUGUAAGCAAUCAAUGUCAAGGGUCCUUAACUGGGAAAGGUUUAGGAAUAAACACUUUGUUAUUAUGCUAAUUUGUCUUAUUGCACCUAAGCUCCUGAAAACACAAGACUGUAUAAAUAUGGAGUUCCUUAUGAGUUAAUGCUAUAUUUUUGUUCAACACCUGUUGCUGAGAUGAGAGUUUUAACCCCAUAUUCAUCAUAUAACUGUAACUUGAACAUGUUUUAAACAGCCAAAGACCAUUAAUUUCAUAAAUGUUGAAAAAUAUAUGUGGACCUAACACCACUCGUUCAUUUAAGGUGUAAAACAAAGUAUGGCACUCCAGAGUUCUCAGCAUUUAAAAAAAAAGAUGAUUAUUGAUUGAAUCAAAUUGUGAAAUAGAUUUUUUAAAAUAGCUCAUAAAAGUUUCAUAUAAAGUUUCAAAUUCCUCAUUUUUUAAUGACAGAUGUCGCAAACAACUUAAAGACACCCUGAAAACCUUUCACUGAUGAUGUACAGAUGUAGCCUACAACUCAUAUUUUCUGAUGGGUCUGGUUUUCACAUAGCAAACAGUUAUAGGCUCAUAAAAUGGGCAGUCUUCUUCUUUUUUAUUUUUUACUACUUUUUUUUUUUUUUUAAUUUUUUACUAAAAUGACCAAGAAGUACGGCAGCCAUGAUAAGAGCUGGUCAAUUUCCUUAAAUUAAAAGCGCUUUAAUUUCGCUUUUCUCCUUAUCUUAAUAAACAUAAGACAAAUUUCCGGUACAAGAAAGGGAGAUAAUGCCAUCCUAUAAUUCUUUGGCAGCUACAUUGAAAGCCUUAUAUGUCAUAAUUUUUUGUUACUGACAGGAUAUUUUUAAAUAAAUUAAUCUCCUUGUCUUUUCUCUAAUGCCACGGCAUUUUUCACUGAGGUUAAGUAAUGGUGUAUAGCAAAAGAUGCAGGAUGUUAAUUUUUCUUUAGGUUUCCAACCUUCCUCCAAGAUUAUCACAUAUAUUAGUAAAGAGAAAAAAGGAUCACAAACUCAGAGUAAUGGCAUUAUCCAAUAAAAACAAAUGCACUUAUGAAAACAAGAGUGAUUAUUUGAUAACAAAAGAUAUUGUUUUUUCCCCUUCAUGUGAUGUUUUGAGACUCGUUAAGAACAAUCUCAUCCCCAGUAUCAGAAGGCUGACAAAUGGAUCCUCUCAGAAAACAAACUGAUUUUUCCGUUUGUGCCCGUAUUUGUGUUCUGAUAUUAGUCUGAGUUCUGGGUACCCUGUGUUUAAUAAGAGGGGGUAUUUGUAUAGAUAAGUCGGUGGUAAUUUUAGAUAAUUACGUAAUUUUUUUCGCGAAAUAAAGGGAUAAGAUGGUCAUUCACACUGGACAUUGGCCUCUGAGUCACGGAACUUGUUGCUUUAUGUAAAUAUCUGCUGGCUGGCUUAUUGCGACAUCCUGUUGCAUAAAGCUCAGAUCAUUUCAUUUCAGCCUGCUUCAUGCGUCUGGAGCACUUCAGGUUUUGAUUGCAGACAUGAGCCUUUGAUCAGCUGUUGGGUGGGCAAAAAAAGCAAAUCGUCCAAAACAGCAAACAUCAUCUGAACAAGGCCGGAAUUUGUUUUGUUUUCAAAAUAAAAGUUUAAGAAUUCGUCACAUCUGUUAGAAAACAUACAAGAAGGACGUUUUUAUAGGGAAUUUUAUAUUUUAAUCCGACAGAAAACAAGAAUAUUGCUAUGUCUUAAAAGGGGUGUUAAAAGGGGCAGUUGUUUUAAAUGCCUUGUUAUUUAGGUUGCUCAUUAAGCUGCAUGCUGGCUGUCAUUGUUAUAUUUUCUGCCGUCGGCAGGACAUCAAAUAUAACUUGUCACAUUAAAUGUGCAUCUUGAAUACAGAUUUAGAAAACACCGAUGCGCCUUGUUCGUCUUGAAACCUUACAGGACUGGUUUUAUUUUGAAAAAGUAUCCGGAUUAAGUACUUUAUCUCACCUCUGGUCAGUACUGACGUUGUUAACAAAACCAACGGUGCGCUCCGCAGUAUCAGCACAUCCAGCAUCAGCUGGGAUUGUAGAUGACAGAGUCCAGAAAGGAGAGAGGACCCAGAGGAACAAUACUCAUUGGAACGCGCUGGUCAUCAUGGCUUUUAUUGUGGACAAAACCCUGAGAAAUCAAAGCAACUACUUCUUUUUGAACCUUGCUAUAUCCGAUUUUCUAGUGGGUGCCUUUUGCAUCCCGGUGUACAUCCCCUAUAACCUGACCGGCAGGUGGAUGCUGGGCAAAGGGCUCUGCAAAGUGUGGCUGGUCAUGGAUUACCUCCUUUGCUCAGCCUCUGUCUUCAACAUUGUCCUUAUUAGUUAUGAUCGCUUCCUGUCAGUCACAAGAGCAGUUAAAUACAGAGCUCAGAGGAACAUGACCCACCAGGCUGUUUUCAAGAUGGUGGCGGUGUGGGUGCUGGCCUUCCUCCUCUACGGCCCUGCCAUCAUCUUCUGGGAAACGAUCGUCGGCUACAGCAUUGUCCCGGCCCACGAGUGCUAUGCUGAGUUUUAUUUCACCUGGUACUUCCUGCUGAGUGCAUCUACCUUUGAGUUCUUCACCCCGUUUGUGUCGGUGGCCUUUUUCAACCUCAGCAUCUAUCUCAACAUCCAUCGCAGGAAUAAGAGUGGGGCCGCCUGUGCUGAAGACAAUGCCAAGCCUCAGAAGAACAAUGAGAAGCAUAAAGAUGGAGCAGGCUGGUCUGUGUUUUUUGUCAAGACUCGGAAGGUGAUGUCAAGCGAGCCUGUUGCGAUCUCUGCGGUCAUCGAAGAUGACGACAUCUUGUCUCCCUCCUCCAGCGGGGAGCCUAACGCCAGUCAGAUAUUAAUGCAGCGAGAGAAGUUCUCUCCACACAGAAAAAACUCCAGGUUGUUUCAGCACACGGCCUCCUGCAUGGUGCCUGGCCGUAGGACACCGGGAUCUCGGCUUUCCAGAGACAAAAAGAUUGCUAAAUCUUUAGCCAUUAUAGUCUGCAUUUUUGGGAUAUGCUGGGCUCCGUACACUCUACUGAUGAUUAUCCGUGCCGCCUGUAGCGGUAAAUGUGUGGCGAACUACUGGUACGAGAUUACCUUCUGGCUUCUGUGGCUGAACUCUGCCAUCAACCCGUUCUUGUACCCUGUGUGCCACAGCAGCUUUCGAAGGGCUUUCUCAAAGAUACUGUGCCCUAAAAGACAAUCAGUUCAACCACAGAUUGAAGUUCAGUCUUGUUAGAUGAACUCAAAUGAACUUGCAUAUUUUAUGAAUGGAGUAAAUGUUGCUGAACACUGUAAAAAAUCCAUUUGAUGUUCUUCUAUAAAAAAAAAGUCCAGUUUUCGAAAAUUAGGUAAAUGUUUGCAUUUAAAUGAGGAUUGUAAGAUACCUGACAGCAAUAUGAUGACACAACACAGCUGAAAACACAAUAUUCUUAUGGGCAGAACAAUAGACUCUUGUGGUACCAUUGGAUAAAUCUGCCCACGAUUAAACCACCUCUCAAAGACAGUUUCAGAUUUUUCUAAUGUUGUGCUUGUUCAUUUUAAAACCUUCACAGAUUCCCUCUAAGUAGGACAUUAAGUUCUUUAUGUGCAGAAGGCUGUGAAAUGAUGGCUUAUGCAGUCUUAAAGAAGGUGAUUACCAUAAUUUAGUCUAAGACAUCACACAUAUAUGAGAACUACUGAUCACCAGGUUGUUAAAUUGUGUUCUGUCUGAAUGGAAGCACGACGCAGACAGAAAUGACAUCUUCACCCAGCAUCCAAUUUCAUAGCGGCCGCCGUGAGAACAUUUCAACUUCUAUUUAGAUGAAGCUGAUGUGAAGCAAGAACUUAAUGGUCUUUUGAUGGCUUCAGAAUAUAUCUGCACAUGAAACCCUUUCAUGUUACAGUUUCAAAUAUGCAGCUGCACGUUUGAUUUUAUGCUCACUUUAUGCUCAUGCCCCUUAAAACUAUACAAUGCAAAUCAUGCAGUGAUAGACUCACAAAUGCAGAGUCCUCCAUAUUUCAAGCACCAGAAAAGAAGACAAGAGUGUGUUUACUGACCAAUGAGUGUACUUUUAGUAAUUCUAAAUAUUUUAUAGUUUUUAUCUUAUAGCAAGGAAAUCUAGCUGACAUCUGUCAAAAUGUUAAGAAAAUAUCAAAACAAAAUGUGAAGCACAAUGAAAAAA